CAAGAUCGCAUAGCGCAGUUACGUCAAGACAAUCUGCGUAACGAAACCAAAGAUCCAUCGCUCGAUUCUCAUGCACGCCAGAAAGCCGACGAGCCUCCGAAUUGUUUCGUGCAACCACAUUUUGCGACACUACGAACAGAGACUCCGGAGGAGCGUGCCUCGGCUCACGAGCAAUUAGAGCCGAGCAAUAGCGAAUCGAAUUUAGUUAAUGCAGACGAUGACAAAUUAGCACAGGAGUCGUCGAUUCAAGAUCGGAUUGUUGCAUUGCGAGCAGAAAAGCUAAGGUCGAAGGAAGACUUUUUGGCAAACGAGAGCACGCAAGGCCACCUCCCCGUGUUUUCUCCACCACCUGCUCCCAGGACAAAUAUGGCGGACACUCCACUGUACGCUGUCGACGACAACGAUAAAAUGACUCGACAUUCGAUUGAUGAUAGCAUGUAUAAUGUGCCAUACCCCGUGGACGAUUCCAUGGCGGAAGUUGCCUACCCAGUAGAAGGUUGCAGCGACGGUUUCACUUAUCCUGUGAAUGACCCCUAUGACACUAACAAUGAAGUUACUGUAUCUAACGAACUUUCUGUGGUCGAUUCGUAUCCCUCGGCAAAACCAGUGGACGGAAUCCCACCGAAAAAGAAGAUCAAAGUUGACCACGACGUGAUCUCGUUCCUGCCCUCGCAUUUGCUAAAGUCUCGACGGAACAUUGAGCCAACUCCGGCAAAAUGUCAAUCGGAGAAAGAUGACUACGAGGAUCUAGUAAAAGAGGUUGACAGCCUUUGAAAGACUAUGUCGAUGCUUAAGUAUUUGCUGUUGGGUGUGCCGUGCUGCAGAUAGCAAGACCGCAAAAGUUCCAAAGGGAGUUGAUUAGCGUUGUAUCUCGGUGUUACUCCGUUUACUCAGCAAAACGCGUCCAGGUUUUAUUGUGUGUCGUAACACACAAACCGCACCUUUUGUGGUCUCGCUGUUCGCACUACGAUAUACACAGCAGCAAUCGGAAUAGGUUCCGACUCCAAUGUCGGAAAUCUGUUUCAGACAAUUUUGGGAAACAGGAUUGCGCAUUUUGUACUUCUGCCUGAUGUACUCAUUGUUUUUGCAAAGAAGAAAAGUCUCAUCUUUCCCCAUCUCUAAUGUGGAAGAAUCGUGUGAACCUCGUGCUCAUGACGCUGGCAGCGCUGUCGGCAUCACCCCAGGCCAAGGCGCAAUUGAUGCUGCGGGCUUUGCAGGAAGAUGCUCCGCAAGGAAACAUUGAGAGUGACUUUCCCAGUGAUGCUCCUUCUGACCAUCCUUCGGACCAACCUUCGGAUAUGCCCUCGGAGACGCCGUCACUCCCCGUUGGAUUUCCCCCCUCUCCUUCACCGACGAUCACUCUGGCAUCUCCUACAGUUGUCCCUACGAUCCAACUUUCGCUUUUGCCGACAAUUAUGGCAACAAAUGCUCCUAGUGAGAGCUCAGUGUCAGACGAUUAUGUGAUGCCGCCUGAUCAGUUUUCCAUGAGUAUGCAAACUUCAAAGUCGUUUCAAAUUGACGCCAUGGAAGAUUCUAUGAUUCCGACUGAAGUUGUUUCGAUGGCCCUUGACAACAAGACACGCAAUAUUCAUAAGUCAAACGGAAAGCGCAACUUGAUCCGAAUCAAACCUUUGUAACGACCGCCAAAGGCUGAAUUUCAGCUACAUGUAUUCGAAUAAGCAAGGUCUCAUCGUCUUUUUAGUUCGUAGCAGCUCGCAAGCAAGGCACAUGUCCGUGGUAAAAAUUUAUUGGAACAUAUUAUUAUCC